UUCGGUCGCGCGCUCGUGCCGUUGUCAGCUCGUCAGGAAUGAUUGCGUGCAGGUGAGGCCGGCUGUGCUACUAAAGCCGUCCCGAGGACCGUCCCCGGCUCUGUGCAGCUGUCACCGCGAGCACCUCCGUCAUGGCCUCGCCCAUCUGUACCCCCGCGGCCACCUCCACCCCGGCGGCCGCCUCCUCCUCCACUGGCCGAUCCAGCCGCUCCGCCGGCCGGCGAAGCGGCGCGGCGGCCGGCCUGUCCGCCUCCAGUACCAGCCCGUCCCGCCUGUCCCGGCUGCAGGAGAAGGACGAGCUCCGGGGCCUCAACGACCGCCUCGCCAACUACAUCCAGCGGGUGCAGGAGCUGGAGAGUGAGCGCUCCUACAUGCUGCUGAAGCUGGAGGAGAAGGAGGAGGCCAGGAGCAGCGUGCGGAGGCUGUACGAGGAGGAGCUGGCCGACGUCAGAAAGUCCCUGGACGGCCUUGCCCAGGAGAGGGCCCAGCUGCAGAUCGACUACGGGAAUCUGAGCGAGGAGCACAAGACGCUGCAGGCGAGGCACCAGAAGAAGGAGGGCGAUCUGACCACCGCGCUGGCCCAGUUGAGGAGAGCUGAGGAGACUCUGAGCUUGCAGGACGCCGAGUUCACCAAACUGCAGUCGGAGAGCCGCAGACUCGACGGCGACCUCGCCGACCUGCAGAGCCAGCUCGAACAACUGGAGGCUCUACUGGCAGAAACCAAGAACCAGCUGAGCUCUGAGAUGCUGAGGCGAGUCGAGGCGGAGAACCAGGCGCAAACGCUGAAAGAGCAGCUCGACCUGCACAAGAACAUCAGUGAGCAGGAGAUCCUGGAGAUCCGAAGCAGACACGAAAGCCGCCUGGUGGAGGUGGAUUCAGGGCGGAGGAGGGAGUUCGAAGGCAAACUGGCUGAGGCGAUGCAGCAGCUGCGGCAGGACAGCGAGUCGCAGCUUCAGCAGUACAAAGAAGAGAUCGACCGGGUUUUCGGCUCAAAGCUACACAACGCCCAGCAGGACGCGCUGGAGAAGAACGACGUGGCUUCGGCCGCAAAAGACGAGCUGGACGCCACGAAGGUCAGAGUGGAGACGCUCAGCUCGCAGCUGCAGCAGUGCAGGAAAGAAAAAAUGUCUCUGGAGAACCGCUUCCAGGACCUGGAGAGGACUCUGGACAAGGAGCGGGAAGUCUGGCACCACAAACUGAGUCAGAAGGAGCAGGAGCUGCUCAACAUGAGAAGCCAGAUGUUCAGUCAGCUGGAGGACUACGAGCACCUGAUGGAUGUGAAGGUAGCUCUGGACGUGGAGAUCAGUGCCUACAGGAAGAUGCUGGAGGUGGAGGAGCAGAGGUUUAAGCUGUCACCCAGCCCCUCGCAGCGGACAUCCAUACCUCGAACGCACGAGCACAGCGGCCGAAAGCCCAGAGGCAAGAAACGGAAAUACGAAGGCGAGUCCGGGAGCUCGCCCGCCUACAAAAUGUCCAGUCGUUCGAUGGAGCGCGGCGCCGUGAGCGUGGCAGAGAUUGACGUGGACGGAAAAUAUGUUCGACUGAAGAACAACUCAGACAAAGAGCAGUCUCUGGGUGGGUGGGUGGUCCGGCGGGUUUACCCCGGCGCUGGAGACAUCACCUUUCACAUUCCCACCUCCUGCAUCCUGGCUGGUGGGCAGACACUCACCAUCUGGGCAGCAGGCGCUGAGGUGGAGGCGGAGCCCAGUGACCUGGUUCUGCAGGGCCACAGGAGCUGGGGGGUCAUCACUGAUCUCAGGGUGAUCCUCCUGAACUCCAACCACGAGGAAGUGGCCGAGCGCAGGCUGUGCAUGCUGGGUGGGGGUGAAGACGACACUGGGCUGGAGUUUGAUGAGGAGUUUGUCACAGGGAGUGAAAUGCAGCGCUUCCAGAGACAGGAUUUCUCCAAGGAGACCACUUGUGCUGUGAUGUGACGCCUGCUCUCUGCCACAGACCUCGACGCCGGUCUGAACCCUGGAGCAGCUCGGGCCUCAGACUGCUGCUUUCUGGCUCCAGUAGUUAUAUUUACAGUAGGACGAUGAGAUGAUCUCACCUGCCUUAAAGCAACAGUGUCCCUCAUGUUUCGUCGCUCUCGCUUCACAACAGGAGCUUUGAUUUUAAUUUUUGUUGAAGUGUAAUAAAUAAAGCUAAAAGUUUCUAAACAAA